GAAAAUAAAAAAAGAGGAGUAGAGAGCAAAAGAAGCUUAUCACACAAUGUUCUCGCUAGUUCAGCACCUGGUCGAGCCAUAUUCUCUUAUCGCUUUCCUCCUGUUCUUCCCCUUCCUUCUGCUCAUUAAACGAGCCCUGUCAAAAAGGACUCGGCUCCCACCUUCACCACUCAGGCUUCCAUUCAUUGGGAACCUGCACCAGCUGGGCUCUCUCCCUCAUCGCUCUCUUGGGGAUCUCUCCAAGAAGCAUGGACCGCUCAUGCUUCUCCAUCUGGGUCAGGCACCGACCCUCGUGGUUUCAUCCGCAGAGAUGGCCCGAGAGAUCAUGAGAACUCAUGAUCAUAUCUUUUCCACUAGGCCUUCUCUGAAGGUCGCCAGGGUCUUGCUUUAUGAAUCCAUGGACCUGGCUUUUGCACCAUACGGUGAGUACUGGAGGCACCUGAGGAAGCUCUGCACCGUCCACCUCCUGAGUGCCAAAAGGGUGCGCUCUUUUGAGCUCGUGAGAGAGGAGGAAGUUGCCUUUAUGCUACUGAAGAUUUCCAGAGCUGUUACAUCAACAGGCAUGGUGGACAUGAGCGAGGUGUUAAAUUUCUUCGCAAAUGAUAUACUCUGUAGAGUUGUUUCAGGGAAGUUCUUCAGAGGAGAAGGACGCAAUGAAUUGUUCCGGGAGCUAAUCGAGGCCAAUUCCUCUCUACUUGGGAGAUUCCAUGUGGAGGACUACUUUCCAUUCCUUGCAUGGCUGGAUGCGUUAUUCGGGUUGAGCACGAAAGCCCGCAGGAACUUUACAAGAUGGGAUGGUCUCCUCGACGAGGUAGUCAGGGACCAUGGCGAUCGGUUGAAGGAAGAAGGGCACGAGAAUGACUUCGUAGACGUACUGCUCUCUCUUCAGAAGGAUCCCAACUUGGAGUUCGCCAUUAGAGAAGAGCACAUAAAAGCACUCUUGCUGGAUAUGUUCGCUGCAGGUACCGAUACAUCCUAUCUAACCCUAGAAUGGGCCAUGGCAGAGCUUGUUCGAAACUCAGAAGUCAUGAAGAAACUACAAGAUGAGGUAAGAGGGAUAGCCAGUGGAAGAGGCAUGGUGAGAGAGAAGGAAUUGAACAAGAUGGUCUACUUAAAAGCCGUCCUGAAGGAAGUCCUGCGGUUGCAUCCUGCGGCUCCAUUGUUGCUACCACGAGAAGCAAUGGAGGAUUGCCAAAUCCAAGGCUAUGAUAUUGCCAAGAGAACAAGAGUCAUCAUCAACUGUUGGGCAAUUAGUAGGGAUCCGAAAUCUUGGGAAGCCCCAGAGGAAUUCCAUCCUGAGAGGUUUUUGGGCAGUCCAGUAGACUUCAAAGGGAACGAUUUCCAAUUUAUUCCAUUCGGAGCAGGUCGAAGAAUUUGUCCCGGAAUGCACUUUGCGACUUCUACCGUGGAGCUUGCAUUGGCAAACCUUGUGCAUCAGUUCGAUUGGGAGCUACCUCAUGGUGCGGCAAGAGAGGAACUGGAUAUGGAAGAGGCUCCGGGAAUAACAAUUAGAAAGAAACAAAGGCUGCGUCUUGUUGCUACACCUGCUUGUUUCCAUCAGGAUUCUUGAUCGAUAUUAGUUCUUCCAUGUCCAAAUCCUAAUAUUUCACAUCAUUUCUUUGAAAUGAUUGGGGACUCUGUCUGCAUAUCUUCUAAUGUAAUAACGUGGGUUUGGUAUGGUAGCAGCAUGUUUGGAACAA